AGACCACCAGUAGUGUUCGUGCUUUUUGUUAGGAAAAGGCAAGUUUAGAAAAAAAAGAAUACAGAAUGAGAAUUCGAAUUGUGUGAGAACCGCAAUUCUCUUGAAAGUAAAUUUUCUCUUUAACCAGUUGCUUAUUCAUACGACAUGAUAGUAGAAGUGAGAAAAACUUGCCUCUUCUACAAUCGAAGAUUCUUGAGGAGCUUUAUGUAUCCGUAUUAAGCUUAUUGAUAAGAUAGACUUUGUUGAGGCCUUUUUAUUUUGGUCGAAGGAAAGUAAGGUUAAAGCUCUUAGAGAUUGUUUUUUUUUGAAGAGAAACAAAGAAUGGCGACGUCUCGAAUACUAGGAAUGGUCCAAAAAAUGGACCUUGUUGGUCUGGUGAUGCAGGCGCUCAAUGUCGCGACCUUGAUGGGCAGCAUUGGCUUGAAAGCGCCACAGAUUUUCAGAAUAUGGAAGCUUCGAAGUGUAACCGGAAUAGCAGAAACGAUGGUGAUCACAGAAGCACUCAGUACUUCAUUGUCCUGUGCUACUCAGCAACGAUAGUCAUCACAGAAGCACUCAGUACUCUCGUUUCAACUUCACCUCAACUUCAUUUACUGUUUACUAGUACUUUUUGACUUUGAGUUCAUCUUCAUACUAGAGCAAAACUGGAUUGUCUAAUUCGCAGUUUAGUUUUCGGGUUCCUUUUUUGCUCAACGAACCAACGCGUAUUAGCAACCAGAGUUUGGAGGAUCUGGAUUAGGAACUGUAUUUCAACAAGAGAUAAUUAGACACUGGCGUUUUACACCCGAUCCCAUUGAUGAUCUGGGUAUAUAGUGAUCAAUGAGUGAAUCGUUUGCGUAGGUGUAGGGCCUGGCCGUUGUGCUUCAGGCUUCCCGUUGGGUAUUUAAAUAGAACGAUAGGAGCGGGAAACUGUAGACCCAGGCACCAACAAAAAAAGCGAACAUGCUAGGUAAAUGAAUGAAUGAAUCGUACUACCAGAUAGCGGCCUGAGUACGACCUACGCCUUUCUAAAGGGGUUCCCAUUCGGCACGUGGGGCGAGUCCGCUUUUAUAUGGGUCCAAACGUUGAUGCAAGUCGGGCUAUUCUGGAAAUUCUCGCCAAAACUUGAUCUAUUCUUAAGGCUACAAGAAAUCCAUCUUCACAGGCAUCGAUCUUGGUCCCGUUUUUCAAGGGAAAAGGGGGGCCAGGAUGCUCCUGCGGAUGGAUUUCCCUUAGUUCUAAUAUUCCCGCGAUAUCUUGCGGGCAUCAUCUACGUGCUUACUUUCGUCGUCGUCUUGAAUCACGGACAUGUACUGAUACAUUUAAAAAGUUUCAUCUGCAACCACUUUCUUCGUGAUGAAAAAGGGCCUAGGUAGUAGUUGUUAUCCUUAGAAUUUGAUGAUUUCAGGACAUAGCGAUUUUGUUGUUCCUGGUCGCAAUAGAUAUUUUUCAGGUUCUUCGUCGUGUUGAAAGGCCACCUGUGACUUACCUUCUAACCGAGGUAGUUGGUGCUCAUGAGGAGGCACGACGAUUAUUGAAGCAUAAGCGUUUGUGAAGCUAUGGUUUCAAAAAACAGAUACUUCUAGACGACUUCGUGAUCGACACGAUUGGGCUGAUACCGUCAGGGCUCGGUACCGCCAGUAAGAUACCACAAAUCUGGCGCAAUUACUCACAGGGACACACGGGCACGCUCUCUUUAAUUACCUGGAUGCUUGCAUGGGCGGGUUGCGUCGUGCGGGUCGCCACUACAGUCUACUUCUUAAAAGGCGAUGCGGUGACACUUGUAGGGCACGCGUCAGCGGUCUUUUUGAACGCUAUCUUGAUAGCGCAAAUACUCAUUUAUUGGAAAAAGACAAACGCGGUUUUGGAGAAGGAAGCGGGGAAAAAGGACGAGUGAGGUCACGGAUCAAUACACUCGCAGUCGCUCCCCUACGCCGGUAGCUAGGUGCGUGGAAAAUAUGUAGGCAGGUUCUUAACGGAACUUGCUCGCGAUACAAAAAAAAGCAUUCGCGCCAUGCUGAUUGAGAUGAGUUAUGAGCUGAGUUAUCCCUUUUAUGACUAUCCAUCGUCGAUCCUGCUUCGUGCUGCCUUGUUGAAACGCGCCCCUCCCGUUUCCCCUUGAAUCGUGUAAAUUAGCGCAGAACCACAACCCCAGUUGUACACAAAUCAUCUGGUUUUUUUUUAAGAUCAAAAGCACCUUUAAGUGUGAAUAAAAAUGUCAAAAGCGCUCAGGUUGUUCUCGUCUUUGACGGAUAGGACAAGCUUUAAGCACGCGCGAAUGAUAACUUAUUCCCAGAAUGGGUACACGACUACUACUACACAAAGAUGAAAUGG